GGUAUAUCAGGCUGGCUGCGCCAGGAAUACAGAGAAUUAGAGCUGUUGAAUGAGGUCACAAGGCUACUGUAUCAUAGGAAAACUUCUACAAGUGUUGGUGGAGUAAUAAGGAAGCAGGUGAUCUACACAUACAGACAGUGGAUGCGAGAUGACUUUGUACCCAACAGCAUGCCCAAGCAUAUCAAAUGGUCAAAGGAACAGCCA